GCUCUGUCACACCUUCCUCGACCACAUUGCCCGCCUCCAUCUUUUUAUUUAUUCCUGACUCAUCCAUUGGACCCUUCCCGCGCCACCCGAAUCCGGCGCGGCCACAUCCCAAAACGGCAAGCGAACGCCGGGGAAAUCUCAAUCAUCCACCGCCCGACGGGUUGAUUUCGACCGUUCCGCCUUGAUUAACAAUCGAGUCACACCCGAUAUCAAGGAGAAAUACAGACAAUCCGGUGGCAACUACAUCAUCGCACCUCCUCCGCUUCUCCCUUCCAACACCACACCUGCUCGAGGCACUCGCGACCGACUCGCAGCUUGGUUGAGCGGCGCCAAUCCUCCCACAAACAACCCCGACCGAUUUCCCACACAAAGUCCCAGCCUCAUCCAUCCUCACCCACAUCCUCAUCCUACGCGCGCAAGCCACCUGUCCACCUGUGCAUGACCUAUCAUGCCCUCGGCGGCGCCAUGGCACUUCACAUCUUCCAACUCCGGCGAUAACCUCUUCCUCUCCCUCACCACCGAUGCCCGACCGACCGCGCGCGCCACCACCACCCAUCCUCGCCGCCAGUCUCAACAAUCCAGCCUGGCCAAAUUCGCAAUGCAGUCCAGCACUCAUUUGCACCACGAUGGCCAGCCGCGACCCGCCAACGACGCCCCCACAGGAGACGACAAGUUGCUCGAUCAGUUAAAUCAUCAACUCGAUCGCACACUGGCGAACGGUCAUGCGCGCCAUAUGGGCUCGGCCUACAGCAUUUCUCCGCCCCUCCCCUCUCCUCCCUUCGACUUCAGGCCUCCUCCAAGCAACGCGCAUCCGAGAAGUACCCCGAGCACCACGGUGACCUCCCCAUCGGAGACUGCGUCCACAACAAUGGCCAUGAACGACACCCCAACCUCCUCCGCACCCACCAGUCCGCACCUCAACGGCAGUCGCUCCUACUCCGGCGAAGGAGCUACCUUCCUCCACCUCGGCGCUCCCGGCAGGCUCAACGGCUCCGGCACCUCUACCCCUCGCAUCCGCCCCACCACCCUCGACAUCCCCGGUCUGACCAAGAGCAAGGUAUCGCCGGACGGCAAGAUAGCAAAGCGAGAUGUAGGCGCGAAGCUGGUCAUUGUCAUGGUCGGCCUGCCAGCACGAGGGAAGAGUUAUAUCACCAAGAAGCUGGCGAGAUAUCUCAACUGGCUGCAACACGACACCAAGAUCUUCAACGUUGGAGAGCGGAGACGUGUGGCUGCUGGCGGUCCACACUCGCAGGAUCGGAUUAGGCUGAGACACUCUCACAGCUCGCUCACGCCGAUCAUCGACCAGCUGAACUUGGACUCGCCCGCCUUACCCGACCGAGCGAGUGCCGCGCAGAUUUUGUUGAACGACGAUACUCAGAUCGACGCUCCCGCCGCAACGCAGAGCCCGACGCAAGUAUCCGCUAGCCAAUUGAAUGGAACCGGACACCGCGACGUCCACGAAGAGGAAGAGCGAGAUCUGUAUCAACCCGACAUGGGCGAGCCGAGCAGCCCGCGACUUUCUAGGAGCAAGACGGUGGGAGACGAGGCUGUGGAUCAAAGUGCUGCAUUCUUCGAUCCGGAGAACCAAAAGGCUUCUCAAAUUCGUGAACAGCUCGCUCGCGAGACCCUCGACGAGCUUCUUGAUUACAUCCUUAAUCAGAACGGCAGUGUAGGCAUUCUCGACGCAACCAACAGCACGCUCGAUCGGAGGAAGAUGGUGAUGGAUCGCAUUCGAGAGCGGGCAGGUCCAGACCUCAAUGUUCUCUUUCUCGAAUCGCGAUGUGUCGACCGAGAGCUGUUGGAGGCGAACAUGCGCUUGAAACUCAGCGGGCCAGAUUACAAGGAAAUGGAUCCCACCAUUGCUUUGGCGGACUUCAAGAAGCGCGUUCAGGCAUAUGAAAAGGCAUAUGUUCCGUUGGGCGAUUACGAGGAGCGGCACAACAUGCCGUACAUCCAAAUGAUCGACGUGGGCCGCAAAGUCAUCAGCCACCAGAUCAAGGGCUUCCUCAUGGCGCAGGCGAACUACUACCUGCUCAACUUCAACCUCGCGCCGCGCCAGAUCUGGAUCACGAGGCAUGGGUUGAGCAUGGACAACGUGUCCGGCAAGAUUGGCGGCGACAGCCACCUGGCUCCCGAAGGACACCAAUACGCCAAGACGUUGGUGAAGUUCAUGGACAUGAUGCGAAAGGAGUGGGACAUGAAGCAACUCCUCUCCCACGUCAACUCGCACUUCCCGCCGCAACCCGGCGACGUGACGCCUCCCAAUCCCUACUAUCAAGCGCUACACUACCCCGCCAGCUGCACUUCGGACGGAAACUCGUCGACCUCCGGCAGCACCGACGGACACGAAUUCCACGCGCCGGCGUUUUGCGUGUGGACAUCCAUGCUCAACCGCAGCAUCGAGACGGCGCAGUACUUCAACGACGAAGAGUACGACGUGAAGCAGAUGCGCAUGCUGGAUGAAUUGAACGCAGGCACGAUGGAAGGUCUGACGUACAACAGCAUCUCCGCCCAGUAUCCCGAAGAGUACUCGCGCCGACGGGAGAACAAACUACACUACCGCUACCCGGGCCCGGGUGGUGAAGGCUACCUAGACAUCAUCAACCGCCUCCGGCCCGUCAUCAUGGAGCUCGAGCGCAUGACGGACAAUGUGCUCCUCAUCGGCCACCGCUCCGUUGCGCGCGUGCUGCUGGCAUACUUCAUGGGCCUGAAGCGGGAAGAAGUCGCGGAGCUGGAUGUGCCGAUUGGCAUGCUGUACUGCCUCGAGCCGAAGCCGUACGGCGUGGAUGUCAAGGUGUACAAGUGGGACAAGGGGACGGAGUGGUUUUACGAGCAGAAGGAUUUCGCUCUCAAGGCUGCGGAGGACGAUAUGCAGUAGAGUUGCUGUGGGGAGGGGGAUGAUGGGAAUGACGACGAUGAUGAUGGGAUUCUUAUGGGCGGGCAUUCGUCUGUUGGUAGGAGGCAUUGUGAGCGUUUUUGACGAGCGUUUGAUGUACCUUUAGCGUUGGUGUUGUGUGAUUCGCUAGAGCUGUGACAUGACACUUUUGGAGGCAUUACGAUAUCCUUUCACAAGUACUGUACACGAUGUAUCUGAUUGAUGAGCGUUGA